AGCGGGUCGCAGGUGAUCAAGAUGAAAGGCUACACGUCCUGGGCCAUUGCUCUCUCCGUGUCUGCCCUGGCGCGCUCCAUUCUCUUCCACAUGGGCCACACGUGCGCCGUCUCCACCGCAGCCAAGGUAGUGCAUAUAUCUUGCGUGCGGAUGGGAUAUGUGAUAUACGUCCCAGAAACUCGUUGCUCUAGUUCACCGCAUAAUGUUCCAGAACCGUCCUUCUCUGUCACGACCGAUGAACUGAAAUACAAAAUGCAAACUGAGGUCCAAUGUACUACAUUGCCGCUGGUCUAC